AUAACGGUCAUCCAAUCCCUCGUCCCCAAAAUACCCUUGCUCAUCCAGUCAUCCAUCGGAUUGAAAAGACAAUGGCAUCUACGUAAAUAUAUAUAAAACUAGGCCUGAUUAACCAAAGUGCAAGAAGCUUAAAAGACUUCGAACGUGUCCGUGUCCGUGUCCGUGUCCGUGUCUGAGAUUCCGAAGAUCAUGACUAUGUCUAUUGGAAAACAACAAUCUCAAGAAGACUCACCGGUCAGUGAAAACCAGUCAGGAACUGAAAGAGUGUCCACGCAGCCUGAGAAACGUGUCCGUGUCCGUGUCCGAGAAUACAAAGAUCGAGCCGUGUCUGAGUCUUGGCCCGUGAAUUGAGAACUUUGUUGUGGAAGACAACAAUUCAGUGCCUAAUGGACAGAGCAGUGCGAUGGAUUCAACUGCUGACACUUUGAACUACAAUCAGGUACAAUGCAAGAACUGUACUUUUUUACUUCUUGGGUUUUCUUGAGAAUUUGAAGCAUUAUCUUGAUUCUAUGUAUGACCCAGCAACGCAUUAUUAUUAGUAUUUGUUGAAUUGAUUCCUUUUAUUGUUUGUUCUUGGAUUAUGCUGUUUUCAAUGUAUUGUGCCUAUUGAAUUUGGCAUUUCUGCAACUUUUUUGAGCUUUCUUUCCAUUGAUUGAUCAUUAAAAAUGUUAAAUUACAAAUCAAAUCCUCUAAGUUUGGUAUAUUCUUAGUCUUGUCCCUAAAACUUCUUCCAAUAUUGUCGUUCCAUUCAUCUCCCAUGGGGCUUUCGUGAUAGCAGAUUUGGGUGGGGUGUGGAUAGGAGUGUAGGUGUGUCGAUGAUUAAUUUCAUAGUUCACAGCCAUUUGUUGUGUUGAUAUAAUGAACUUGAUUAGCGUAAGGAAUUGAUAUGUGGAGUGGAGACUGUUUGGGAAAUACUUGAAAGGGAAAUGACUUUUAUUGGGGUAUUUAUGCUCCAAGAAAAGGAAGAAGAAUGUGAGAUUAAGAAGAGAGCUUAGAAGAGAAUUUUGAGAAAAAUGCAUCAACCUUCAUGACGAGCCUUUGAGUACACGGUUGCUUAGUAUAUAUAUUAGGAGAUUAAAAGCAAAAUUCAAUAAAAGCUUAAAGAUUGGUUCUUUUAAUUAUGUUGAAUUCACUGUGAAUUAGAAUAAUGUAUUAAACAUAGGAAAGGAGGCUAAUUUAUCACUUUGUUUGCCAUUCUCACAGUUCAUAUGUUUCAUGAAUUAGAGCAGGUCUGACAUUACUGAGAGAGUAUUUAUGGUUCAUUCAUUUUUUAGGGAUCAAAUAUGUUAAUUUGCAGCUUGAUUUGUUUCCUGAUAAAAUUUUCUUUGGAAAUGUGGACUGCUGAAUGAACUAAGGAAACCUUUUCGGAGAACUAUAGUUCCGACUUUCAAGUACUUGAUUAUCUAGAGGGACCGACCUCCUGUGGCUUUUUUUGAUGUUGGUGUGAGCAGAGAACUAGUCUGUGAUGGAGUGGGAUUGACAAUUUGUUAGAUCCAACUUCAGAAGGACAUUUGUGUUGCAGAUUUUGGAGGCAGAGCAAUUGGAAGAGUUGCACCAGUUGAUUCUGGGUGCUGGUGGAUUAUACUUCUAAGGGCAUAUACCAAGCAUACACGUGAUUAUGCACUGGCAGAGCGUCCUGAAGUACAGAGGAGAAUGAAAUUAAUACUCAAUCUUCGCCUCUCGGAUGGCUUUGAAACUUUCCCAACACUUCUAUGUGCAGAUGGGUGUAGCAUGAUUGACAGGAGUAUGAUGUGCAGGGCAGAUGCUGAAUCCAGAGCAUGAUGAUAAGAAAUUAAUGGACUGAAUUGAUAAGCGGAUCACAGCUCUCAGCUUUCACAUACAGCAGUACUACUGGCUCGACUUUACACAGUUAAAUAAAAUAUACCGGUACAAAAUGGAGGAGUACUCCCACACUGCUGUCAAUAAAUUUAAUGUCAUCCCAGAGUCUAUCCCUGAUUGGGUGUUUGAUUUCAUGCCCUUGAGGGGAGGGUAUUUAAUUGGCAAUGUCAGCCCAGCUUGCAUGGACUGCCUGUGGUUCUUACUUGGGAAUUGCAUCGCCAUAUUGAGCUGUCUAGCCACAGGUGCACAGGCUACAGCGAUAACAAAUCUUGUUGAGGAGCACUGGGAGGACUUGGUUGGGGAGAUGCCUUUGAAGAUUGUUUACCCAGCACUGGAGGGAUAUGACUGGAGGACUGUGACUGGUUUUGAUCCAAAGAACACAUGGUGGAAUUACCAUAAUGGUGGCUCUUGGCCAGUUCUGGUGUGGCUACUUAAAGCAGCAUGCAUCAAGACUGGAAGGCCUCAAAUUGCAAAGUGGGCAAUUGAACUGGUAGAGCAACGGCUUUCCAAGGAUGGCUGUCCGGAGUAUUAUGAUGGUAAGACUGGCGGUACAUUGGAAAGCAAGCCAGGAAGUACAGACCUGGAGCAUUUCUGGCUACCUGAUUGCUAAAAUGAUGAUUGAGAACCCUUCCAAUCUUGUUAUGAUCUCUCUUGAAGAGGAUAAGAGGAUAGCUAAUCCAAGGCUUAACCGCUCUGCUUCAUUUCCACCAUAAAGAAGAGAUUGAGGUUGAAUUGCAAUAAGUCAAUAACAGGGAUACGGUUAUCACAAAUGUAUUGCUUUAGUCAUGGUUGGAUAGUAUCUCAGUAUCCCCAUUAUCUUCUAUUUUUUGUGAAUGGUGGCUGAAACUGUCCAUUUGUGGAAAAUUGGAAACAGUUUUCUUGAUUAGUUGCUAUUACUUAUUGGAUAUGAUCUUAAAGUUUCAUUCCUUGGGUAGAAAUGCUUUGUUCUUUUUCUGUUGAUUUAAUAAUUUGAGUAUUUAAGGAGGAAAAAAAAUA